AUGUCAUCCUCAGGGGUCUUAGACACACACAUCCAUCUAUGGCCUUCAACAGCCACCUCAUCUUCAAAUCAUGGCUGGAUGUCACCAGGCCACCACCUCGCUAAGAGACACGGCAUAUCUGACUACCUCACCAUCACGUCCCCCCAACCUUCCGGUUUCAUCUACGUAGAAACCGAUCGGUAUCUUCCUUCCGCGGAACCUCCAAGCAUUAACGAAUCAGACAACGACGAAGAUGUAAAAGCCAAGCUGCGGACGUGGGCGAAGGAGCCCUUGGAGGAGCUCCGUUUUCUGGCACGAAUCGUGGAGGGAAAGCCAGAGGAGGGCGAUGGGUUUGUAGAGAGUGAGGCAAAGAAGAUGAAGGGAUGUGUGAUCUACGCUCCAUUUCAUUGCGCUCCGCGCGUUUUCAAGGCUUAUCUUGAUGUUGCAAGGGAAGUGGCCGGACCGAAGCUGUGGCAGUAUGUUAAGGGCUUUAGGUACUUGUUGCAAGGGAAAGGAGACGGUGUUGUUGCGAAGAUGUUACAAGAGAGCGAGGAGAGUUGGAUCCAGAACCUUUGCGCGCUGAAAAGAUUAGAAGGAGGUUGUGAGGCGUGGUGCUUUGAUGUGGGUGUUGAUACACAUAGGGAUGGAGAGGAACCGAUGAAGGCGGUUGGUAAGUUGAUUGCAGGACUAAGGCAGUACGAGGAGAAGGAGGGGCAUGAGAAUCGCGUGAAGUUCGUGCUGACUAACUCAGACACCAACCCAGAUCACCUCGCCAAACCCCCUCUGUCACCCGACCCUACACCCCCGUCCGACGUCUGGCUCCAAACCAUGACGUCUCUCUCCUCGGAUAAGGCCAUCUUCAUGAAACUGUCCGGCGCUUUCAAUGAGUUCACUGUUUCGCCGACGCCAUCAGAUGUACCAACGCUCUUGACUGCCCUUACGCCUUUCCUAAAUCACAUCUUCCAGUGUUUCCCAGGAAGAGUCAUGUUCGGAAGCGACUGGCCGGUGUGCAAUGUGGGUGGGCCAGCAGGCGAGCAGGGAAGUUGGAAGCUCUGGAGAGAGGUAGUGAAGACGUGGAUGGAUAGGAAGGGAUACGUAGAAGAGGAGAAGCAGAAGGUCUGGAGAGAGGCUGGGGAAGAAGCAUAUGGCGUAGCAUUGUGA